CAAGGAUGAGCUUCUAGUGAAUUAAUAAAAAGCCUUAACAAAAGGGAACGGCGAAAUCAAUAGAGACCAAAAACUGCAAACACGCAGACGGCGUCACCGAAGGGGAGAAAUCGAGAUAGGUCUGUUUGGGAAUGGCAGCCUUUGCUGAUGGCGGGGGAAACAACACUGUUGGAGAAUCAAAAGGUUUAAACCCUGCACUGAUUGUUCUGCUCGUUGUAGUUGCUUUGCUGCUUCUAUUCUUCAUUGGCAACUACGCUCUCUACGUUUAUGCCCAAAAGACACUUCCUCCAAAGAAGAAGAAGCCCAUCUCCAAGAAAAAGCUGAAGAAAGAAAGGCUCAGACAGGGCGUUUCUGCUCCUGGGGAAUAAGAGCUUUGAUCACAGUCUCGAAUCCAUCUCUUUCAUGCCAACUUACAUUUCUUGAAGAAAUUCUAAGGUGUGGACUCUAUAAAUUUGUUAAAAUAGGUACUUAAUUGCAGCAUUGCAUCAUGUGUUUUCCUUGCUCAUGGUGCUUCGACUGAGAGAAGCUGUUUGCAUAUCAGAAUAAUUAUUUGAAGUUGAGAUUGAUCUUUGUUCUUUAAAUCUGCUUACUGAUUGUGAA